CAUGACAACCUCAUCAACAGAAAGGAAAUUUCUUGAUAGAUUGACGAUGCAGCACGCCGGGGAACUGGUUUGAGUGGCGUUCCGAGGACAUCUAUAUAUUCCAGGAGGUUCUUGGCGUCAACAGACCCAUCUAGAUCCAAAUAUCGGACCAUCCUCAAGUAGCAUUCAGAUUCUUUCGGAGAUUCUGUCUUGAGAUCGCAGAUCGAUUGUGCUUAGCUGAUAUUUGUGGUUGGUUGGCAAUGGUAUCUUCGGAAUCUAGGAUGGGCCCGAAGUAUGACAAUAUCAUAUGUCAUCCUCGUGAAUAUAUGUGACUACAUGUGUUAUAUCCUCACGAUGAGGGGUGUCACCGUUCCCGCUGACCUCAACCAGUCUCAGUCACGCCUUCUCUCGCCGCGAACUGUGGUAACCCAGUUACUGCAGUCGGAAGUAAAUUCGGCUCAAGUGUAUUUCUUUUAUCUGGGCCACAGUUGUAUUGAAAGCCGGUCAUUUAGAUACCCGUGGAUCCGACAAUUGACGUCCCGGGUGGAAACGUCUCAAGCACGCACGGAAGCCCUGCUCCGUUUUUGGUGUGAAAACAAAUCGGAAGAACCACGUUCGUGUCCGAGCAAGUUCCGACUACUAAGGACCAGUGCGAUGUAUAUGCCACCCACUAUUCAAAGGCACGGGAGCAGGAUCCUCAACAAGAACAAUGAGAUGUCCUCAGCGGCGUAGGCGGAACGUGAAUAAGCAUGUGCCAUUACCGACGAGAAACCGGUGACGGAAGAGCAUAAUACGUGCUCAGGCUCCUGCUGUGGACUGAGCUCCACCGCAUCAUGGGCUCAACCGGGUACAAGGCUGUCAACCACGUAGAAGACUGUCGUUAUCUGAAAAGCAGACCGACCGACCGUUACACUGAAGCCUCCACUGGCUUUCUCCGCGGGAUAACGUAUGACUCUGCACAGAAUGCUCUGGAAGGCCGCUUGCUGCGUGUGCAAAGAUUGCAAGCAAGAGGAUUACGCAUUCCCAGCGCGAGGGAUCCAGCGGUCGCGAGAUGGGAGAGCGACGGGAAAGGGCUGGAGGUCGGAAAGAGGCAAUGACCAUGCACGACCUCUGGACAGGCGCGGGUGACCGUCCCGCUGGUCCGCAGCCGCGCUUGGCCCUCGGGGCGCAGAUCGCAUGCGCCCUCCCUCCCUGCAGCUCACGUGAGCGCCGGGCCUUCGUCCACGAUCGAUUGCAGGCUAGCGGCAGGCGGUCGUCGCUAUCUUUCUCUCUAAAAAGGAGCGAGCGCGAGGGCCCCACCGCCGAUCUUCCCCGCCUGCGAACAUGUCGGAGACGCUCGCCUGCGCUGUAGCCUCUGCCGCAAGCUACAAGGAUCGGGACGCGUCGUUCGGGCUUGGCGUUGACUCGCGUGACGGGAGGGCAAGGGAAUGAUGGACGCGCAGGAAGCGAAGGAAGGGUAGCACUCACGCAGCAGCUCUGUAACAAGAAGUAGAAGGAAGGAUCCUCCGGCAAGAGGGAGGGCACAAUCCAUUCCCUGUCAACUUGUGCGCGAGGAGAGGAGGAGCUGAGCUGAGAGGGAGCAUGAAGACUUGGCCCUCCUCGCUUUCCAUAUUUAUGGCAGCGGCAAACACUGGAGCCAUCGACGACGACUGACCACUGACGCGGACGACGACUCGGCCGCGCAACGGCCGGAGCAAGUCCAGGGAGAACGUCGGCAGGCAAGGCGAGGCGAGGCGAGGGCAACAGGCAACGAGCGAGAACAAGCUCCUUCUCCAUCUCCGGAAGCAGGUGGGUGGGCGGGUGUGCUUGCGUCUGCCGGCCGAGGGACGGGAGGGGUCGAGUCGGCCCGGGGCGGAACCCGACCGGACCGGACCGGACAGGACAGAGCAGAGCAGAGCAGGCGAGGCGAGGCGAGGUCGAAUGGUGUGAAGUGCGUGUGUGUGUUCGAAAUCGCGAUGGAUGUAUGAACUCUCGUCGACAAUGGUGGAUUCGGACGGGGAUGGAUGCAGGACGGGCGUCUUGUUGUAAGCUGAGCGCGCGGUAGUGGCUUCGCCUUCUCUCCUGCCUGUUAGGGCUUUAGAAGAGGAGCGUGUGCAAGGAAAAGCAGGCCAGGCGAUGCAGCACGAGGGAGCAGGUGGUACAGGGUCGACUGGACUCUCUCUCCCGUGGCUUUUCUAGAGGUGAUCGAUCUUUGUCGUCUGAGGCUCUGCCCCACGAAUUUGUACAGACAAAUGCGUAGGAUCGUCGUGAGGUGAAGCACGUCGAAGGUUUCAGUAGAAUGGCGUCGGAGAUUGAAAUCCUGGCGGAGACUCCAACCCGGGAGAGCGAAGCGGCAGCCAGUGAGGGAAUCAAUUUUGCCAAGUCUCAGGAAGAGGAGAAUCAGCGUAGAAACGAUGUGUACACAGCUGCUGCAUAUGGGGAUUUGGAGAAAUUGAAACGCCUGGUCGAGGAAGAGGGAUGUUCAGUUUCGGAACCAGACGCGAGUGGAUAUUAUGCCUUGCAAUGGAGUGCAUUGAACAAUCGUGCGGCUGCAGCGCAAUACCUGUUGGAGCAUGGAGCUCAUGUGGAUGCCGCAGACUUUUCGGGGCAAACAGCUUUGCACUGGACGGCCGUCCGAGGUUCAUUGCAGGUUGCAGAACUCUUACUUGAACAUGGAGCCCGCCUCGAAAUAUAUGACUCUCACGGCUAUCGGACUAGCCAUGUCGCUGCGCAAUACGGGCAGACUUCUUUGCUGUAUCACCUCGUGACCAAAUGGAACGCAGAUGUUGAUCCUCCAGACAAUGAUGGACGCAGCCCUUUGCAUUGGGCUGCAUAUAAAGGUUUUGCUGAUUGCAUACGAUAUCUUUUAUUCAUGGACGCGUACCUGGGACGACAAGAUAAGGAAGGUUGUACACCGUUGCACUGGGCGGCUAUCAGAGGCAAUCUGGAAGCUUGCACAGUCCUUGUACAAGCAGGCAGUUUGGAAGAUUUGAUGACAACAGAAGCCACUGGAUGUACUGCGGCCCAGCUUGCCUCUGACAAAGGUCAUCGUCAUGUUGCUCUUUUCUUGUCAAACGCAAGGAGGAUUUACAAUAAUCGGUGGGAUGGGAAAGGGCGGUUAGGCAGAAUUCAAAAGAUGGGACUCGCGCCUGUUUUGUGGGUGUGCAUUUUAGCUAUGGUCAUCACGUUCACAAACUCUGUCAUAAUAUCACCGUCAAUGGUAAGGAUAACUGCUGGUGUUGGAGCAUGGGCUUGGAUGACGGUAUUUUUAGCCACUGGAGGACUCUUCCUUCUCUACCGAUGCAGCAGUAAGGAUCCUGGAUACAUAAUUCGCUCCUCUCCGGACCAAAAGGGCGUGGAGGACCCUUUGUUAAAACCCGAUUUCAGUAAUCCCGCUCUAGCAGCUGGCUACUGGGCGCAGUUGUGUCCCACGUGUAAGAUAGUGAGGCCGCUGCGCUCGAAGCAUUGUGCAUCCUGCAAUCGAUGUGUUGAGCAAUUUGAUCAUCACUGUCCCUGGAUAUCCAACUGUGUUGGAAAGAUGAACAAGUGGGACUUUUUCGUGUUUUUGGUGAUGGAGACGUGUGCGAUGAUAAUUGGAGCUUCGGUGACCAUCAAUCGUCUGUACAUGGACCCACAUGCUCCUGGUGGCACAGGACCUUGGCUUCGUCAUGUCGGAGCCAACCACCCAGGAGCACUUGCCUUUCUGCUCUUUGAUGUUUUCCUCUUUUUCGGGGUUGCUACUUUGACCGGCAUGCAGGCAGCCCAGAUUGCCCGGAACAUUACCACAAACGAGAUGACCAACUCUCUUCGGUACAACUACCUGAAAGGCACGGAUGGCCGCUUUCGCAAUCCUUACGACCACGGAUGUAGAAAGAAUUGUAGCGAUUUUCUUCUUAAUGGACAUAAUGAUGACUCAGAGGUUCGUCUGCCACCACCAAUGCAGAAUGGAGGCAUGGUGCAGAUGGUUCAACAUUCUCAUUUAGAUCAUACCAAUUCUGGUGGAGAUGUGGAGAAUCCAGGAGUCUUCAGUAGUGCUGUCGGAGCCGGUGGUGCGAGAAGCCAUCAUGUGCAUGGGGCCACUUGUAAUCAUUCACACGAUCAAACUAGCGCCGCUCCUUUAGGACUAGGUUUGGGCUUGCCUCGACCGAAUGGAGUUCAUCAUAACAACCGCCGGAUAUCCCAAUAGUAGUUAUUUCAGUUAUGAUUUGUUCAAUGUGUUCGGGAAGGUGCGCAAGGCUGGUAAGCCGGAAGGUGUAGGUUUGGUGAGCUAUUCAGAUGUUAUUUCUCUAUGCCUCCGAGGCACUAAUACUUGAAUUCUCACCAACCCUCUACCCUAUGACUUGUGCAUUGUUGCGCACCCGGAAUGUCAUUUGAGAAAUGAUCUCUAGUAGCCAAGGGCCACACUUUCUCCCUCUGCUGACCAUGUAACAGUAGAUUGAGUGUUACGAACGCAGUUUGGUGAGAUUCGUUUCUUCUCCUGCCUUCAUUUGUUGAUGUUCUCUGUCCAGAAAACCGGACUAUAGGAACAACGGUAUAGCUCAAAAAUCAGGUCGGGUAGAGACCUAUGUAGAAACUUUCGAAGCAUCGAUGUUGUUCUGAGCUGGCUUGACCCUGAUGGAGAAUCGUGUUCCGUAAUACAACGCCUGCACCGCAUUUUGGGUGAAGGAUGGAAUGCAAAUGGUUUUGAACUAAUACACAAUACACAUGAGGGUUCACUUGUAGAUAGGAUUAAUUCUUACAAAAGAUAUACUUCAGAACCUGGGUGUGAGGCCCAUGCAAUCAUCCGCCUGAGCAAAUCCCAACUUUACAAGUUAAGCUUAGAUCCGAAAGAGAACCAAAAGAGAGGAGGUCAUCAUGUCUCAGCGGAGCAUUCAUUCG